UCCAAUAAAACCUCUCCCCACCUCAAAAACAAACCUUUAACGAUGAACAACGUCGAAUCCGAACAAAAAUCAAUACACGAUGAUAAACUCUGCGGCGAGUGCAAGCUGAAUCCAUGGAAAUACAAAUGCCCAGGAUGCUCAAUUCGAUCAUGCGCCCUCCCUUGUGUCAAAGCUCACAAGAAGCGAACCGGCUGUACCGGAAAAAGAAAACUCACCGACUUCGUUCCCCUCUCCAAGUUCGACGACAAUCUCCUCCUCUCCGAUUACAAUUUGCUUGAGGAGACGAAGAGAGUGGCGGAGUCUGCUCUGAGAAGGAGACAUCAGUUAUGUAAAAACCCUCACUUUAGGUUUAGGUUACCUAAUGAUCUUCGGGGCCUUCAGGUUGCUGCUGGUAGCCGCGGAACUAAGCUCUGGUUUCUCCCUGGUGGGAUGUUGAAGAGGGACAAGAACCAGAGUCGUUACGAUAACCGGAGGAAGUGCAUUCAUUGGACAGUUGAGUGGCGGUUUCACUCUACAGAUGUUGUUCUUGUCGACCAUGGUGUUGGUGAAGAUACAAGCCUUUGCUCUGUGAUUGAGAAUCAUCUUAAGCCAGGUCCUUGGAUUCACAAGCUCAAGCCUUUUUGUGACGUGGAUCUUGAUUCUCUCAAGCUUUUUAUACGCACAUACCCCAAGGGUGUAAAGGUUCCUUUCAAGGAGCUGGACAUUAAGGGUCCCGUGAGGCAGCAGCUUGCUCAAGUAACUAUCUUAGAGUACCCGGUGAUCCAUGUUUAUCUUUCUUCGCACAGCUACGACUUUGAAGUUAUCAGAGACUUUGACCGUGAGAAAACGACAACACCUGAGCCUAAAUACUAUAGCCAGGCAGAAGGUGCAAUUACACGAGAAGAGGAAAUAGAAGAAGAAGAAGGCAACAUUGACUCAUUUGAGCCAGAGGUUCUUGAUCUUAUGAAACAGAUAAACUAUAACCCGCGUCAGCAAGUCUCAGAGGUCAGCAAGGCUGAGGGUGGGGAUGCCAAGAAUGCACAUCCUGACGAUAACAUGGAGCUAGAGUUUGAGCAAGGGUUAAUAGACACAUACGCUGAUCUUUUCCCGGAGUUGAACCCUGGUGAUUAUUUCAACUUUGAGUGUGAGUUUGCAAAGGGGUUUGAUUCAGAUGAUGAUUGCAAUCUCCAGAGUCUAGCUGCUACUGAUUUGGACAUUGAUGGACUAGAGGAAGGGGAGAUCGUUGAAUAGAUGGCCAUCGUUCAAUAAAGUUCUCCCAGUGGAACAUUUUUGGGCACCAAGGAGCCUGAACUGAGCUCCCUGGUUGAAGCACAUUGGCUAUUGUUUGUAUCAUUAAAAGCUUUUACCGAACUAGGUAGCCAAUCCUUUUGAUUGCAGAACUAGUCAUAGACGUUUUUAGUUUGAGAACUAGUAGUCUAGUGUGUUUAAUUAGUUAUUACAUUCGAUAUUAUUUAGUUGAUGUAAGAGAACGCCUUCUUAACUUUUUGUUUAUUCUC